AUGAAAUUAUAUGUUUUUGUAUCCGUUGUACUUAUUAUCUUAGUACAAACAUAUUUAUCUCAAGCUGAACUGACGGAAAGUUCUUCGGAAAAUGAAAAUUUAAAACACUCUUUCAACAAACGUUUGAGUAGUCAAUGGGGAAAACGUUUAAGUCAACAAUGGGGAAAGCGAUCUGACAGUGAUAGUGAUGAGCUUUAUCAACGUAUCCUUCGUGAACUUUAUCAAACUGCACGUCUGAAACAAUCCGAACAUCCUCGAUAUUCAGCUACCAAUGAUCCAAAUCCAUUAACCCUUGAAGAGUUUCUCGCACAGCGUCCAACAUGGAAUACUGACAAUGACAAAUAA